AUGCCAGGCUGGGAAGAUAGCUCAUGGGGUUAUCAUGGUGAUGAUGGGAAUAUAUUUUUUAACGCUUCUAGGGGAAAACCAUAUGGAAAAGAAUUUAUGACCGGUGAUACUAUUGGAUGUUGUCUAAACAUUAGAAAUAAUAUGAUAUUUUAUACAAGAAACGGAGUGAAUCUAGGUAUUGCAUUCCGAUAUUUGAAAAAUGCUUUAUAUCCUUGUGUUGGAAUUUUGUCGCCAGGUGGAACUGUAGGAGCAAACUUUGGCUAUAGAAAGUUCAAAUAUACAG